AUUCUCCUAAGGCUAAACAAUAAAGAAGACUAUCUAGUCUUUCUCUCUUCUCUCUCCCUCCUAAGGAUCGGAGCAAGAACAACCUUAAACAUGAAUAUGGUGCGGCAGACGUUGUUGGUCGUCAUUCUGGCAUCGGUUUUGCAGGUGUCGAUGGGAGGUGUGUACAAGGUAGGAGAUGGUAGUGGUUGGACAACGAUUGGCAAUGUUGAUUACAAGAAAUGGGCUGCUGACAAAACCUUUGCAAUUGGUGAUGUUGUUGUGUUUGAGUACAAUCCUCAGUAUCACGACGUGAUGGAAGUGACUCACGCUAUGUACAGGUCGUGCAAUGCUUCAUCCCCCAUCGCAACUUACACCACCGGCAAUGACUCCAUAACCAUCAACAGCAGCGGCCACCACUUCUUCCUGUGCAGCGUCCCCGGCCACUGCCAGUCCGGCCAGAAGGUGGACAUCAAUGUUGUUCGUGCCUCCUCCGCUCCUUCACAAUCUCCCGUUCCUACUGUGGCGGUGCCUGUGCCUUCUCCAAGUGGGGCUGCCGCCUUCUAUGCAACAUUUGGGAAGUCUGUUUUUGCUGCUUUAACUAUCUGCAUCUUUGCUUGAACGAGGAUGAAUCUGUAGUCCUCAACUUUCUUGAUUUUUCAUUUCUAGCUUAGAUAUUUCGUCAUCUCUAGUUGGGAUUUCUAGAGUAAUUGUAGGGGUGGAAAACAUUGUUGCCAUACAAAAAUAAAUAUUAUAUUCAAAUGAAUUUUGCUCUCUUUGUUAGUUGUUAUCGAAUUUUGGUGUAUG